GUCUUGCCACUUGUUUCCCAGUUCUAGAGCUUCAACAUGUCUGAGACUGCUCCAGCCGCUCCUGCUGCCGCCCCCCCGGCGGAGAAGGCUCCGGUGAAGAAGAAGGCUGCCAAGAAGCCUGCCGGAGCGCGCCGCAAGGCGACUGGACCUCCCGUGUCCGAGCUCAUCACCAAGGCUGUGGCCGCCUCCAAGGAGCGCAGCGGGGUGUCCCUUGCCGCUCUCAAGAAGGCGCUCGCCGCUGCGGGCUACGAUGUGGAGAAGAACAACAGCCGCAUCAAGCUGGGUCUGAAGAGCCUGGUGAGCAAAGGCACCCUGGUGCAGACCAAGGGCACCGGCGCCUCCGGUUCCUUCAAACUUAACAGGAAGGCAGCCUCCGGGGAGGCCAAGCCCAAGGCCAAGAAGGCGGGCGCGGCUAAGCCUAAGAAGCCUGCCGGCGCAGCCAAGAAGCCGAAGAAGGCGACUGGCUCCGCCACUCCGAAAAAGAGCGCCAAGAAAACCCCUAAGAAGGCGAAGAAGCCAGCAGCGGCUGCAGUGACUAAGAAGGUGGCCAAGAGCCCGAAGAAGGCGAAGGUGGCCAAACCCAAGAAGGUCAAGAGCGCAUCUAAGGCUGUUAAGCCUAAAGCUGCCAAACCCAAGGUUGCGAAGCCCAAAAAGGCUGCACCCAAGAAGAAGUAGGCUUUUAGUCCUACUUAACCCAAAAGGCUCUUUUCAGAGCCACCACAGAUCUCGAAAUAGAGCUGCAAACAUUUGGAUUGCUUUCCCCCAAAUCAGCUUUUGAGUUCUGGCUUAGCGGGGGUCAGGGCUCGCUGGCCUAAACCAGGGGUUUGCAUCUCCUUCCUAUCUGCCCUG